AUGGAUCACAGGAAGGAGGUAUUGGCGGAAAAUCGACAAAUAUUCCGAAAACAUUUGUCGUCCAGGCUAUUUUUUUUUUCCGAUUCCCUUUAGAACGUAGUUUAUUGCCGAUACUGAUAAAUUUUAGUGGAGUUUGAGUAGAUAUCUUGCUAGAAAUUACCAUGUUCAUACUUUCUAGGGAUUGUUCUUCGGCAUGUGGUCGGUGAAUCAUCGUUUUAAUUCUGCCGUCAGAGAGCUGUAACCAUGAUGAUGCGAUCCUACUCUCUGUUCUUAUUUUUUCCUGAGAUUUGUGCCUCGAUCUUGUAAAAAAUAUCAACACCUGGUGGGAUACUCUGCGACGAUCUAAAGAUCUAUGAUCUUGAAGAAUGACCUCUUCCUCCUACUGAAUAUGAAUGCACUUGAUCCAGCAGAAAAAUGGCUGGAUGUCUGUUCCGCAGUUUGGAGGGUGGGAUCAGAAGAUGAGCAAGACCGAUUACUCGAUGGUUUUCCAGCGGGCUCGAGCAAACAGAAAACAGAACAAGAUCCACAUCAAAGCAGCAAGCCUAGGAAAUGAACAGGAGCUCAUUGCGCGUGCACAAGACGAACUACCAUCGGUGAGAGCAUUUUUCCAUCUAGAGCACUUCAAUUGAGCAUUUUUCUCCACUGCUUACUCUCUGAAAUCAUGAAAGGGUCGCAGCAUUAAGGUUACAGCUCCUGGCUUGGUUGUUCAUCUUCUGAACAUGGAAUCCAUCAUUGAUAUCCUAAUAUCGUAUGAACAUGUAGAUUCUUGGUAAAUCAUAUUCGUUUGAACGAUAAGAAAUAAACCAUUACCACCAGUCAGGGAGUCGUCUCAAUGAUUUGGAACCAUAUCAAGCACAUGGCUCAAGGCCAUGCAAUUUGGGCAAAAAAUUACUAAUAUCUAGGUUUUUAUUCAAGAACUGAUAAUCUUUCAUUUAUAACCUAUUUGGGAAGUGUUCACCAUGUUGCUGUUCAAUCGGAGAAUUUCUUUUUUUUUCUUUUUUUUUUAGCUCUUGAACUGGAUAUCUGAAACAUUCAGGAGGCGGCUGAGGUGGUGAGGAAACGAGCAAGUCGAGGCUAGAAAAUAAAACCGUACCUUAUAGAAACUAAGUGAAAGAGACAUCUGAUGUUUGCCUUUAUGCAGAGGAGGAAGAAGAUCCUGGGCUAUCUGAACUGCUGUAUAAAGGCUUGA